UGCUCCUUCCACCCCCUCCCAUUUCAACCCACCAGGCCGCAGUGAGACAGGCAACCUAAUAAAAAGGAAGGCAGGGCCUGGAGAGCUGGUCACACAGACGAGUCUGUCGCCAACACCAUGGUGUGGUCCGUGGCCUGGACAGGUUUGCUGGUUCUGCUGACGAUCCAGUGGGGCUCUGCCACGAAACUGGUCUGCUACUUCACCAACUGGGCCCAGUACAGAGCGGGGGCCGCUCGCUUCUUGCCCGGGAAUGUGAAUCCCCAUUUGUGUACCCACCUCAUCUAUGCCUUUGCCGGCAUGAACAACCACCACCUCAGCACCAUAGAGUGGAAUGACGAGCAGCUGUACAAGGAGUUCAACGGCCUGAAGAAUGUGAAUCCCAAGCUGAAGACACUGCUGGCCAUCGGAGGCUGGAACUUCGGCACUCAGAAGUUCACAGACAUGGUGGCCACAUCCAGCAACCGUCAGACCUUUGUCAACUCAGCCACCGCAUUUCUGCGUAAACACAACUUUGAUGGCCUUGAUCUUGACUGGGAGUACCCGGGAAGCCGGGGGAGCCCUCCCUCAGACAAGCAGCGCUUCACAGCUCUGGUGCAGGACCUGGCCAGUGCCUUCCAGCAGGAAGCACGGGUCUCAGGGAAGGAGCGCCUCCUUCUGAGUGCAGCCGUCCCCGCAGGGCGAACGUACAUAGAUGCUGGAUAUGAAGUGGACAGAAUUGCUCAGAGCCUGGACUUCAUCAGCCUCAUGAGCUAUGACUUCCAUGGCUCUUGGGAGAGGAGCACGGGACAUAACAGCCCCCUCUACAAGAGGCAGGGAGCGAGUGGGGCUGCGGCAGAGUUAAAUGUGGACUCUGCCGUGCAACUGUGGUUGCAGAAGGGGACCCCCGCCAACAAACUGGUCCUCGGCAUGCCCACCUACGGACGAUCCUUCACCCUGGCCUCCUCAUUAGACACUGGAGUGGGGGCCCCAGCCACGGGGCCUGGAGCCCCUGGCCCCUUCACCAAGGAGGCGGGGUUGCUGGCUUUUUACGAGGUCUGCUCCUGGAAGGGGGCUACUGAGCACAGACUCACGGACCAGAAGGUGCCCUAUGCCUACAAUGGUGACCAGUGGGUGGGUUUUGAUGAUGUGGAGAGCUUCAAAAGCAAGGUCAGCUACCUGAAGCAGAAGGGACUGGGCGGGGCCAUGGUCUGGGCCCUGGACAUGGACGACUUCACUGGCUCCUUCUGCAACCAGGGCCAGUACCCCCUCAUCAAGACCCUGCAGCUCGAGCUAAGUCUUCCAUUUAAGCCUUUAGGCCCCCCCAAGACUGAAGCGCCCACACUAGGCCACCCUUCUAGACCUGAGGGUGGACCCAGCCUUGGACAAGACACCUUCUGUCAGGGCAGAGCUGAUGGACUCUACCCCAACCCUCAGGACAGGUCCAGCUACUACAGCUGUGCUGGGGGGCGGCUGUUCCAGCAAAGCUGCCCUCAGAGCCUGGUGUUCAGCUCCUCCUGCAAUUGCUGCACCUGGAAUUGAGUCCCCAAGGCCCCUUCAGCCCCUGCGCCCAGGCCAGAGCCUGGGAUCCCACCACAGCCUGCCUCCCCAGCGCUGCCUGGGGGCUGCAGUCUGGCCCCUGCAGGCCUCCCCAUGGUCUUUCUAUGCCCAGGCUUUAGGCUCUCAGACCUGGGUUCCUUUUGGCCUGGUCCUCCUGGGCUGCCUCUUUUAUGUGCAAAAUAAAUCUUUGGUUUGCAACUGCA